AAGGGAGGAAAACACAAACAGGGUCCGGGCGCAUGCGCAGAGGGAGGGGGAGCAGGGCAGGCGAGGCUGGCGCAGGCGCAGAAGCGUCGAAAGAACCAGAAAGACCAGAGCGACGGUGAGGAGCGGAGCGAAGGCGAGAGAGCCGCCGAAAGCGAAGGAACCGAGGGAAAAGAGCGGCAGCCGAGGAAGGCGCGCGGCGCUGCGAAGGGAAGGAUGUCGGAGUGUCGGCGCCCGCGGGGCUUCUGCUGGCAGCCCUGGGAGGAGGAGGAGUGCCUGGAGUACUACGGGAUGCUCUCUCUGCACCGGAUGUUCGAGGUGGUGGGCGCCCAGCUGACGGAGAACGACGUGGAGGUGCUCUCCUUCCUCCUGGACGAGACCCAGCCCUGGACCCACCCUCUGGACCCGGGCCUCUGGGUCACGGACCCUGCGGACCCUGCAGCGGAGGAGGACGCCCUCCAAGGAUGGAAGAGGAAGAGGGGCGGCCAGGCGCAGCCCCGGUGGCCCAAGAACGGGGUGCAUCUGCUGCUGGAGCUGGAGCGCAGGGGCAAGUGCGACGAGACCAGCUUCGUGCGGCUGCUGCAGCUCCUGCGCGUCCUGACCAGGCACGACCUCCUGCCUUACGUCUCCCUCAAAAGGCAGCGGACAGUUUCCCCGGAGAGGUACACCUACGGACCGUCCGUCUCGCCCUCAGACCAGCAGGUGGACAGCUGCCUCAAUGCGGCCUCUGCAGAGCCCCGGAGCGAUCAGUGGGAGACAGGCUCCAAUUCCAGCAAAAGGAAGCGAGCCAGCAGAGGCCGAGCAAAGUCCGUUCUUCCCCGCAGGCGACGGGGAGGCAAAGCAGCUUCUGCUCCAAAGCAGGAGGUCCAAACCCCGACCAAAGUGACUUGUGACAUCCGGCUCCGUGUUCGUGCUGAAUACUGUGAGCAUGAGUCCGUCUUGCGUCAGAAUGUGAUGUCAAACAAGCAGAACCAGUUGGAGCGCCAGUUUGAUGUAUUUGGGCAGUCCAACACCAUCCUCAAGUCCCGUGACCUGGGCUCCAUCAUCUGUGACAUCAAGUUCUCAGAGCUGUCCUACCUGGAUGCCUUCUGGAGCGAUUACAUGAAUGGCUCGCUGCUGGAGGCCCUGAAGGGUGUCUUCAUCACAGAAUCUCUCAAAGAGGCUGUGGGCCAGGAGGCUAUCCGGCUACUAGUCAACGUGGACGAGGACGACUACGAGGAGGGCCGGCGCCUCUUGCUGGAAAGCGUCGUUCCACAGGCCUGGUAAUGCCAGCCUGUGGGAAAUUUAGAGCACUUGUUUUCCUCCCCGUUGCCACGUGGCUUAUCUACAUUGGAUAUAGGCUUGAUGGGGCAGGGAGGAACUCUGGAAAAGGAAUCUUCAUCCCGUCGUGGGACAGGCUGGAUCUUGGCUGCGGCGGGACUCCAGGGAGUCACUGUUUUGCCACCGCUCCUCUUAUAGAGGCUGAAGGACUGAAAAGGGCCACAGGGAAGGAGGGGGUCUGGAUGGACGCUCUGGUACUGUAGGUCCAGGGCAGAGGUACUGGCCAUCUUUGGGGCAGAGGGGGCUGUUCUGUCCUGAUGUAGGAUAUGGGGCCCUCUGUGCCCCAGUUGGUGUGUCCAUCAUGCUCAGUAUUUGUGGUGGUGGUGGGUUUUUGCCACCCCUUUUGCAGAGGUGGGCAUCAGGCUCAUUUUGCAGAGUUGCAGGAUGGCAGCAGAACACUCUGUUAACCAUUCUUUUCCCCCCAAAUCUGCUCUCUGGUGUGGACUUUUCCCCUUUAAGCAAAGAAGCCCCACAGACUGCAGAGGUGGAUGCGAGUCACUCUUCUAAGAAUACUUUUCAGCUCUGUGGCUCUUUGUAUAUACUAGUGUAAAUAAUAGGGUUUAAACGAGAAAUGGGUGAGGAAUUGGUUCAUGCAGCAGCCGUGGGUAGAGGAAGCAACUUCACUCCAGGGCGGAGGAGGGCCAGAGGCCAGAAAUGUGUAAUUUAAAAAGUUGUUAUUUUUUUUUACAGACAAAUGAGAGACUUUUGGACAAAAUUCUUAAUGUGUUGUAUUUGCAAAUGACGAUGUCAAUAAAGAAGAGAAUUUGCA